UUUAAAUAAAGUUGUGCGAAUUUGAAUGAAACAUGGCCGCCACAGAAGCCGGAUGUGAGCAUUAUGUUCGCAGCUGUUUGUUAAAAGCACCAUGCUGUGGGAAGUUUUAUGUGUGUCGUCUGUGUCAUGAUGGUGAAGAGAAUCAUCAAAUGAACCGAUUUGAGGUCCGAGAGGUUAAAUGUGCAGUGUGUAAUACUGUUCAAGAGGCUCAACAGACAUGUAAGGAAUGCAAAGUGAAGUUUGGCGAGUAUUACUGUGACAUUUGCCAUCUGUUUGAUAAAGACAAGAAGCAGUACCACUGCCAGCCCUGCGGAAUAUGCAGAAUUGGCCCAAGAGAGAAAUACUUCCACUGCAUGAAAUGCAGUUUAUGUUUAGGCACCGAUCUUAAAAAUAAUCACAAGUGUGUUGAGAAUGUCUCCAGACAGAACUGUCCUGUAUGUAUGGAAGACAUCCACUCAUCCAGAAUAGAGGCUCAUGUUCUUCCUUGUGGUCAUCUCUUACACAAAACAUGUUUUGAAGAUAUGUACAGAACUGGUGCUUACCGCUGUCCCCUGUGUAUGCACUCGGCCUUUGAAAUGAAGGAGCACUGGGCACAGAUGGAUGAAGAUAUUGCCCAGUCACCCAUGCCCACAGAGUACCAGGACACAACAGUUAAGAUCAUAUGCAAUGACUGCCAGGCUCAUUGUACUGUCGCUUUCCAUGUGUUGGGCAUGAAAUGCAGCAGCUGUGGCUCCUAUAACACCACCCAGGAAGGGGGUUUGAUCACGCCCACUGCUGUAGAGACACAACAAACUACAGAACAGCUUCUUGAAGAAGAGAACGACGCUGAGCAACAUGAGUGAUGUUAAGACUCAGAAAAAAAAUCUCCCAGUUGAACUUUGAAAUAUAGAAAUACAAGCUUUCAUUUAUCUACCAUGUCUAAACUGCAAUUCUGUAUUAUUGCUUCAUUAAAAUGAAUGAGAACA